AGUGCCGAUCACACAUCAAGGGCAUUUGUAUCGCCACUUUAUUUUGAGAUAACUCGCAACUGCUGCAGUGCCUUGUCCCCCACUGCAAUAAAUGCGCGCUCCGUUUCGUCCCCCCACUUGACAACAAACAUGCCGGCUCCCAAGCGAAAGAGGGCCGAGAGAGGGCUUAGCGAUGGAGGUCCCAGCCGGCCCUCGCCGCAUAGACCCGGGGAUACAACUUUGGGACAGCAUGAAAGAGGCUAUCCAGAUAGCGGUGGACGAGGCGGCCGAGGCGGACGGUCAACGCGAAGAAACGACCGGCGCGACUCGUCACAAACCUACGGAGGAGCUCCUACUCCUGCGCCUGCCUCUCCGAGCCUUCCACGGCCCUCGAGCGCUUCCUCCCAAACUGCCGCCCGUGUCCCGGCAGCGCCCGCGGCUCCCCCUUCUUUCCCCUUGCCUUCGCCGAUACAGUCUGGCUAUGACUAUACCGUCAUCACCGAUGAUCGCGUUAGCCGAUGGUCCAAGGGUGGUCGGAAAGAGGUGGUCGACCAUGGCAUCCAGGCCCAAAGUGAAGAAGAUACCGUCAAACUCUCGAUAAUCUUCCAGGAACUAAUUCAUGCCGUCAUUGACUCGCGACUGGCUGGCAAUGAUGCAGGGCGUAUCGUCAAGGACAUUGUUGGCUCAAAGCCGGCAGAGCAGGAGGGCCACUCCUUUGCCUUCGAUCCGCCCACCCUCUUCCUCGACACCAUCUCGAUAGACAUCGAAUCUAGCGAAUAUCGGCCCCAAUUGCGCGACUUCAUGGCGGCGACAGAGAUAUCACCGACGCUGAUGCGCCAAGUCCUCGAUCCACCACUCUUGGAAAGGAUGGGUCUGAUCCGGAGCACCUUCUCGAGAGUAGGUAUUCGUCUAUCCACGAACCUUCUAUAUCGGCAAGCGAACUACAAUCUCUUGCGCGAGGAGAGCGAGGGCUAUUCCAAACUCACCACCGAGCUCUUCACCACUAGCAGUACCGAGCCACCCUCGUCGGAGACGGUGCAGGCCACCUUUGAGAGGGUCAAGGGGCUGAUUGGGACUUUCGACCUUGACGUUGGGCGGGUUCUAGAUGUCACUCUGGACGUAUUUGCUGCCGUCCUGAUCAAACAGUUCCGAUUCUUCAUCAAGUUCCUCCGCAUCAGCUCUUGGUGGCCGCGCAGCCAGAUCCGGCACUCGGCCAGAAAGUAUGUUGGUGGUCUUCCCCUGUGGGCCUUGCCAGAGUCGUACAGUUGGUUGCCAGAUGGGGACGAUGAGGUGGUUCUUAGCGAGCAGCGACUUCAGCGCGAUAUCGCUUUCUGGGAUAGAGCGCGGCAAGUUCACCUCGACGCAUUCUUCGAGCUGGGCGGAAGACAAGUGGCAGAUGCGGAUGAUAUUCGUCGAGCCAAUGCCGUUACCGACGACGACGAUGCUGACACCGAGCAACAAUGGAUCCAAACCACCAGAACUCUCCCUCUCCCCGGCAACCGUGUGGCUGCCCAACUCCUCGGGUUCAAGCUCCGGUUCUACAACUCGGAAGCCCGGGAUGCCGAGGAUGUUCUUCCAGCGAAUCUCCUGUAUCUCGCCGCUUUGCUCAUCAAGGUCGGCUUCAUCUCCCUGUCCGACUUGUGGCCUCACCUAUGGCCACUUGACGAAGACAUGGAAAACGUCCGGGUUGCCAGGUUGAAGGAAUUGGAAGAGAAGGAGAGAGCGAAUCGACCAGGUGGCGCAACAAAUGCGCUGAUGAUGGCCGGCGCUCUACCAGAUGACAUGCCCUCAGUAUCAAGCAUCGCCGCCCGCCGCGACCCAGCCGGCGCGAGCAAGGCCGAGGCCGAUACGAAAGCCAAAGAAGCAGAAGCCAAGCCCAGGUUGCCGGAGCCCGAAGAUCAAAAAGUACAUCUCCUCAAAUGCCUGCUCACUAUCGGUGCCAUUCCCGAGUCUCUUUUCAUACUCGGCCGGUAUGACUGGCUUCCCGAGGCUUAUCCGGAGCUUCUGCCCUUGAUCCACCGGAUCCUCCACCAUUGCGUCGAUAAAGUCUACGAACAGAGCCGGCCAAUCGGCACUGCAUCCCCCGAAUGCCCUCCGAAGCAGAUGCCCGACAUCGACCAAACAGGGGUUCCGAAGGGCACCGUCAAACUCGGUACCCCCCCGCCGAAACGCCCCCUGCGAUGGCCAUAUCCGGACAAGUCCGAUACGAACGAGGGGAGCUCUUACCGCUUCUACUGGGACGAAUGGGCCGACAAUGUUCCUGUUUGCCAGACAGUCGACGACAUUUUUACCCUAUGCAGCACAUUCUUGAAUCUCUCGGGUGUCAACAUUGGCAAGGAUUCAGCAUUGCUGUUGAAGCUUGUCAGCAUCGGCAAUAAGAGCUUGGCGGAGGAUCAAUCGCCCCAGAACCUCGCCCGUUGGCAAGACCUGCUGCGCCGCUUGCUCGUCCCUGCUCUAAGCCUGACGGGCUCGAACUCGUCUGCUGUCAGUGCGGUGUGGGACCUGCUCAAGCAGUAUCCCACUCAUGUGCGAUAUACAAUCUACGCCGAGUGGUUUGAAGGCCAAAUCUCUCGCCUCGGCCCGAUGAAGAAAGCAUUCGCGCGGACUCGACUGGAGACGCUGAGCACGAUGAAGCGACUAUCACUCACCACCAUCCAUCAAAUGGCCAGGACCUUGGCAAAGACAGCCUAUGCCUCCCCCGGAAUCGUCUUCAAGGUCGCACUGGACCAGAUCGAGUCGUACAGCAACCUCAUCGAGGCGUUUGUCGAGUGUGCCAAGUACUUCACGAACCUUGGAUACGAUGUGCUUGUCUGGUCCUUGAUGAGCUCGCUAGGCGGGAAGCAGAGAAGCAGGACUCAGGAAUCAUCUGUGCUCCUGACAAGCAAGUGGCUCCAGGCAUUGUCCAAGUUUUCCGGGAAGGUCUUCGAGCGUUAUUCCGUCAUGGACCCGACUCCAGUUCUUCAGUACGUCAACGACCAGCUUUACAAAGGGAACUCGACCGAUCUUGUCAUCCUGACGGAGCUCAUCUCGUCCAUGGGAGGAGUCGUUUCAGAUGCCGACUUCACUGAUGCCCAGCUGCGAGCAAUGACCGGAGGUGACAUUCUGCGCAGGGAAACCCUCAAGAACCUCGGCGACAGACGAGAGGAAUCCGCUAGAAGCGCCUCUCGUUUGAUGAGGGCGCUUGUGGGAACCAAGCUUGCGGGGCCGCUCCUCGUCAACAUCGCGCAGUAUCGCCAGUCUGCCAUCUACAAGAUACCCGAAGCGGAAGCGCACAUCAAAUUCUUGGCUACCAUGGUGGACGACACCCAUCAGGUCUUGGUUCAGUACCUCGACCUCCUCCGGAGCAACCUGACCCCUGACGAGUUUGACCCCCUCGUCCCGAACGUCGUGCUACUCAUGAAAGAUUACGGCCUGGAUCCUAGUCUUGCAUUCAUGAUAGGUCGGGCUAGCCUCGUCUCUCAAAUGAUGAAUCCAAAGUCGCCCAUCGCGGCGUCCGCCAAGGAUGCCGAUGGAGAUCUUUCGAUGGAGGCCAACGGAGCACCGACUCUUAGUAGUGAGCCCAAGCAAGAUGCCGCUGAGGGGGGUAGUAUAGUGGACAAGAUGGCUCUCGAUACCGAUGGCAAAGACGGACAGGCGGAGCCGAGCGCACCCUCGCAAACAGCAAACGGCCGGAAAGCCGACCCCCUCUUGGAUUGCCUUCAGCCGGUCAUCGAGGCUAUGCCAACCUUGAUCCCUACAGCCGAUAUCUGGCAGCGGAUUAGCCCAGAGUUCUAUGUCAUCUUCUGGUCCUUGCAGCUCGGUGAUCUCACCCUGCCUCAGUCCAGCUACGAGGCAGAACAUGCCAAGCUGAGGAAGAAGGCCGAGGAUGUCAUGAAAGAUCGGAGCGACAUGUCGAGAAACGGAAUGAACAGGAAGGAUCAGAAGAAGCGGGAGUUAUUGGACAAGGCGGAGGCGAUUCACGAUGAAAACAAACGUCACCUGGAGCGGUACCACAAAACCAAAGUCAGGCUUGCCCGGGAGACGGCCGCAUGGUUCCCGGGGAGCAUGACCAAGGCCAAUGCAACUUCCGAUACAAUCCUGGAGCAGUGCAUCCUUCCGCGCUUACAUCUAUCGGCCAUCGACUCGGAGUAUUGCUUCCGAAUGGUCAAGUUCCUCCACGAGAGCCAAGCGCCCAACUUCAAGCUCAUGUCUCUGUAUGACCGAUUCUUCAACCAGAAUCGGCUUCGGGCCAUGAUAUUCACAUGCACAGUACGCGAAGCCGAACACCUGGCAAGGUUUAUCAAAUGUAUCCUGGGCGACCUGUCACGAUGGCAUGGCGACAAGGAGGCAUACGAGAAGGAGGCCCUGGGGGCGAGGGAGAAGUCCGGUAAGAAGACCAGAAGCUACCUGGGAUUCUCUACCGCAUGCGACGACGACGGGAAACCAACCGCGUUCGUUGAGCACGAUGCAUUCCGGGAUCUCCUCUUUCGUUGGCAUAAGAACCUCAACACUGCCUUGAGAUCUUGCCUUGGUGGCAUGGAGUGGAUGCACAUCAGGAAUGCCAUCACGGUGCUGAAGACCGUCAUCGAGUUCUUCCCUGCAAUCACCUUCAUGGCCGACAAGCUCCUCGAGCAACUCAAGACCAUUACCGAGCGUGAGGCCGCAACCAAGAAUGUCUCCGAAGGGGAGGAAGGCCAUCAGCGGGUCGACCUCUCAGUCGCUGCCCAGACAGCCUUCUCCGAGCUGCAGAGGCGAAAGCCGAAAUGUAUAUUGGUGCAGGCCUUCAGACCCGGCACGACUGCGGGAUCGAAAGACGAACCCAAAGCGUCGGCGUCGGCCUCGGCCUCAGCCACGCCCGCCAACCUGCGACCUACUGCUCCAGAGUUCAAGCCCAGUCAGCCAGCACGGAGCCAGCCCACCGCAGAUGAAGAGGAUGGCGAAGUCGAAGACAGCAGAGACAAUAAGUCAAAACUACCGAGCACCGCACCGGCGACCGAGGAUAAACGGGAGUCUACAGCAGCCCCCAAAGAACUACCCAAGGACACCGGAAGUUCAGCUCCUACCAAGCCGAGCUCCGGCACUGCUACCACUACUGCCUCUAGCAAACCUUCCACUCCAAAGCCAGCUGCUGCGGUACCGGUCACAACCAUGUCGGGCCGCUCGGAGCUCAACAAGCCUGCUACAAUUGCCCCUGGUAGCCACGGCCUUCCAAACAGACCGAGCCUUCCUAACAGACCAGAUGUGCCUUUCCCGGGCCUGCCCGCGAAUCGCUUUGGCAACCAGUUCAGGCCGCACGACAGGAGGGAGCCAUUGGCCCCAAGGGAGCCAAUGGCGCCCCGGGAACCCCACCACAGAGACCCGCGGGAAGUCAGGGAAGUCAGGGAAGUUCGCGAACCCCACCCCAGAGACAUGCGUGAACUCCGCGAACCCCGCGACCCGCGGGAUUAUCGCGCCCCCGAUGGCUCUCGCCCCGAGAGGCCAGACCGACCGGAGAGACCUGAGCGACAAGGCAGGCCCGAGAGGCCUGAUCGGCCGCAAGAAUACCCAAGGUCUUCAGAUCGACGGCCUGCGGAGGGAACCUUGAGGGACUCUGGCCGCCCGUCGGAGAGAGACUGGCCAUCCAGGUCUGAACCGCCAAUUUGGAAUGACCAUGGACUGCAAGACCGCGACAAUAGGCCCCCUAGGGAGAGUCGAGGUGGCGGGGCAACUCGCGGCCAUGAUGGCAGGGCUCCUCCACGGGACUCGCAUGUGGCAACGCCUCCGCCGGCCACAAUGUCCUCACGACCUGGUCCUCAUGAGCCUCCACCUGAUGCGCCACGACCCCGAAUUCUCGAUGACGAUCGCCCAGAGCUCAUGAAUCCUGAGCGAGCCGCUGCUUUAUUCGCCGAGUCUAGAGAUUCACCGCCAACGCGAUCACCCAGAGAUGCGGGCCGCGAUCGGCCGCCUCGGACAGAAUCUCCAAGACAUCAACCAGACUCGGGACGGGACGAACGGCACGGUCGCCACAGGCAUUCGGAUUAUAGCGCCGGCAGGGAUACCCAGAGAGAAACCACGCCCUCCCAUAUCAAAGGAAAUAGGAUCUCUGAGCGGGAAGGCGACAGACCCAGCGACAGGGCGACGGAAGGGCCUCCUUUCCACGGCGGCCCACCGCCUCGACCAGCAGAAUCGGAGCAUGGCAGGUUACGCCAGCAGGACCCUAAUUACGGACGUUUGAAUCCGAUCCAAUCCGUCGCUGACAUCCCGUCGGGCCCGCGAGGCCGGGGGAGGAAUUCGGCCAGAGUCAGCAGCGCCAUGAAUGGGCCGCCUCCGCCACCUCAGCCGCCGCAGAGGACUGAUGGUCGUUUCGCUUCCGAUGCCAAUCGGCCCCCCUCCCCUGACCGCCCUCCGCCAACCGGUCCUUCAUCCUCCCGGUCAAGGCGAGGCCAGUUCGACAACAACCUGAACUCGCCAAACUCUGCUGUCCCACUAGCCCCGCCAAAUGGUCGUCCGGAUCGUCCACGGCAGGUCAACAACGCAUCCGAUAGCCACGUCGAUCGGCCACACCGCGCUGUUGACCAGCCUCAAACAUCCGGGCCUCCUUCACAUUCUCGGAGCGCCGGCAUGCCUCCCUCGAAUACGCCCGAUCGGCCCCCUUUCCCCUCCGGGGCCCCUGGUUCGCGUCUUCCUGCACAUUCAAGUCUUCCCAACACUCCUGGGAUGGAUGUCCCAACCCCCACUGGCCCUUCGUCUUCGAACGAGAGGAUGAGGCCUGGUGGCAACAGACAGUUGCGUGGCAUCCAGAGCACACUAAACCAAGCCCAGGCUGAUAUGUCAAGUGUGGGUACUCGUGGAUCUAGCAACACCCGCAAGGUUGGGUCACGGAUGAGCCUCACUGGGUCCGACGCCCAGGUACUUGCAGGCCCGUCUCCUGUUUCUACACCCGUCCACGAACGGCACGACCCUCUCCGCCGCGAGACCAACUCAGACCGACCACCGCGGUACACGGAGCCAAUCCAAUCGGUCGCAGACAGCAGGGAGAGCAGAGGAGGGCCCAACGGCGAAGGCUACAAUCCCGACUGGGCCGAUCAAGAGCGUGUCAGCAGCCGUAGAGAUCAUCGAGAACGGUCCGACCGCAGCGGAAGACCGUCGCGCCGCAACAGCCCCGAGCGUAACCCGGACCGGGAGCGCGAGCCCAAGGAUCCAAGGGACUUCCGGGAUCGGAGACAGGGUCCCUCGGCUCCGGGAGGCUUCCCAUCGACCAAUCCGCGUGAUGCCGAAAGAGAGCAGGGUCCUUCUCGCCGGUCUAUGCGCGAGUCGGGUGGGGCGAAUCGGGACUCGUUUCCCGGCCCAGGUGGUCGCGAGCUCACGGGCGCCAAUCGCGAGACAAGUCAUAGGAGCCAUAGAGGUGAUGGCCCGGGUGGGCGAGGGGAGAGCGGAAGUGGCCGGGGCGAGGAUUACGGUGCUAACGGGAGAGGCGGUGGAGGACGUGGCGGCGCGGGAGGAGGAGCGUUCCGAGAUUCGAGGGCGAGACCCGGAGACGAUCGUGGAGAACCGACUCGAGAUAGCCGGAGCAGAAAGCGCAGGAGCGAAGAGGCUUCUGGCUUGAUGGGCAGCGAGAGGGAGAAACGGCAGCGGCGUUGAUGAGGCCAUAUAUUCGUUCGUGUUUGGCCUCGCCUAUUCGACAGCGAUGGAGGAGAGCAGAUGCACUGGAAGGUGGACCUCGAAGCGUCCCCGAUGCUGUCCACAAAGACUGAUCAUCCGGGGGAUGCGCGUGGGUUGAUGAUCAUGGCAGCGGCCGCGUCGCAAGCGUGAUCAUACGGAGCAUUCUUCGCAUUCUAU